AAAUUGGCAAAUGGCAAUCUGGUUAACCUGAAAAUUGAAAAGCUCUUUUUUGCAGGUCCGCAGCUCGGCUUUCAAAAUGUCUACAAAUUCUAUUGAAAAUGAGAUAGACCAAAACGACCAAAAAAACGAAAACGAAUUGGACAUACCAAUGGACUUUUCCAUAAAACAUCCACUGCAGAGCUGCUGGAGUCUGUGGUAUUACGAAAAUGAUAGGAAUUUGACAUGGGAGAAGAACCAAAAGGAAAUUUCCUCCUUUCAAACAGUUGAGGACUUUUGGAGCCUGUACAAUCACAUUAAACCUGCUAGUGAACUGAGACAAGGUACUGAUUACUCCCUCUUCAAGAAAGGUAUCAUGCCCAUGUGGGAAGAUAAGGCCAACAACAAGGGCGGCAGGUGGCUGCUCAGCUUAGAAAAGAAACAAAGAAAUAAUGAUUUAGAUCGGUACUGGUUAGAUAUUAUAUUGUGUUUGAUUGGAGAAGCUUUUGAAAAUUCAAAUGAAAUUUGUGGAGCUGUUGUUAAUAUUAGGCAAAAAGGAGACAAAAUUGGUAUCUGGACCGCAGACGCCCAGAACGCAGCUGCCGUGUUGGAGAUCGGAAGAAAACUGAAAGAAAGGCUUCACAUAAAUCAGAGGACCAUGUUGGGCUACCAAGUACACAAAGAUACCAUCGAAAAGACUGGGUCGGUUUCCAAAUAUUCGUACACCGUUUGACAGACCGGAAGCUGAUCCUAGAUUUCUAACCAAUAAUCAAUCGUUUCAUAGUUUAUAUUAAUUGUAUUUUUUUAGUUCGAACUUUCUUAUCAUUACACCACUGUUUGGAAAUUAUUUAUUUUGUUCUUUCAUUUGGGUAAGUGUUUCAUGGACACUUUUUGUUACUAGAAUAAUCUGUUUACAAUAUAUUUUAUAAUUUUAACUGAAAACAUAGCCUAUGCUUUCUGUAUUUAUAUAAAAUAUUAAAAAAACUGAAAAUCUA